AUGGUCUCGUACGUAGCAAACGGCGAGUUUGGUAUCGCAAAAUCGAAAGAGCUAUGCGGAUUCAUCAAAGUUCGUGGCUCACCCGAGCACAUGACAUCCACCGCACGAUAUGAUUAUCUCUGUCAUUUAGUCGGUGAAGAAGAAUGUGUCUUAAGAGCAAUCGGGGGCUUGCUCGCUUUCGUUGUACAAAAUGGCGUCCUUGCAGCUGUCGCGACCGACGACGAGUCCAUUGAGAUCAAUGCAAUUCGGCAUCGCAAUUUUUGUGAUGUGAUGGAUAUCAGUCCCACAACACUGCGUGCGUUACACGUCUUCAGCCAGGACACGCAUCCAAUCGGACGUGGUGGCCUAACGCCGAAGGAGGGUUUGUCGUUAUAUGGGAUUCUGAAGAGCCACGUCAAGACAGGUGCUGCGCGAAAGCUGCUGAGACUUUGGUUGCUGUAUCCAUCGACGAACAUUCAAACCGUAACGGAAAGACAGUUUGUCGUCGAUUUUCUUCGGCGAAGCUCAAAUGCUGCCAUACUUCAGGCUUUGAAUGAUGCUCUUCGCGGAGUCAAGAACGCACCCGGUGUACUUUGCCGGCUCAGAAAGAUAUGUGGUGGGAUAAAUGAUUGGAAAGCUUUGUAUUCAUCUUUGAAGUCCUUCAUAAUCGUUCUGGAUACAAUGAAGGUCGCCAUGCAACAGAACGAGGACGUCAAAUCUUCUCCCCUCUUCGCCCACGCCACUUCUGUCUCUGAAACCCAUCUGAGGCAGUGUGUCGAUUGGAUUGACGCAGUCGUCGAUUUCGAAGAAAGCACUGCAUCCGGGAAGCUCGUGGUUGCACAGGGGUUUAGUGAGGAAAUAGAUGAGAUGAAGCGAUGUCAUAGCGGUUUGGAUGACUUCUUGACGUCUGUAGCCGUUCAAGAACAUGAAAACUUCCUAGAAAUGGAUAACCCCCCGUCAUUAUCUUCGCUUUGCUUCACCUAUCAACCGCAAAUUGGAUAUCUGGUUAUGCUUUCGAAAGCAGAUGUUGAUCGGGUUGGUUUCGAAAACCUUAAGCAAUGCGGAAUGUCAUUCAUCUUCAGCUCCCCAGAACAGGGAUAUCACUUCAAAAAUGACCGAUGCACUCAGCUUGACGACGAGUUGGGGGACAUUUACGGUGCCAUCAUGGAUUUGGAGUCGAAGGCUUACCGAUACUUAGAAACGAAAGUAUUUGAAGCCUCUGCAUCUAUUCUUGAAGUAGCUGCUUUGGUCCGAGAAUUGGAUUGUUUGCAGGCUUUUGCAUGUGCCGCAAAUGAAUUUUCCUGGACCAAACCUAACUUUCUGGAGGACGAAGAUCGGCUUGUUGUGGAGGACGGUAGACACCCGCUUCUUGAAUUGGUCGUGCCAUCCUAUGUUCCGAAUUCAACCAAUCUGAGAGGCGGCGAUAUUCAGAUUGUCACUGGGUAA